GGUAUAAAAGGCGGCGGCGGGCGGGCAGCGGUGGCAGCGGCGGCAGCGGCGGCGACGGCGAAGGCGGCGGCAGCGGGAGAUGGCCGGCCCGCAGCAGGCCCCGCACCUCCACCUGGCCGAGCUCACCGCCUCCCAGUUUCUCGACGUCUGGCGACACUUCGACGCGGACGGAAAUGGCUACAUCGAAGGCAAAGAGCUGGAAAAUUUCUUCCAGGAGUUGGAAAGCGCGAGGAAGGGGGCGGGUGUGGACUCUAAGAAUGACAACCUGGGUGACAAGAUGAAGGAGUUCAUGCACAAGUACGACAAAAACGCGGACGGCAAAAUCGAGAUGGCGGAGCUGGCCCAGAUCCUACCCACAGAGGAGAAUUUCCUGCUGUGUUUCCGCCAGCACGUGGGUUCCAGCUCGGAGUUCAUGGAGGCUUGGCGCAGGUAUGACACGGACCGCAGCGGCUACAUCGAAGCCAACGAGCUCAAGGGCUUCUUGUCGGACCUGCUGAAGAAGGCAAACCGGCCCUAUGACGAGCCCAAGCUGCAGGAGUACACACAGACCAUCCUGCGGAUGUUCGACAUGAAUGGUGACGGGAAGCUGGGGCUCUCAGAGAUGUCCCGACUUUUGCCUGUGCAAGAAAACUUCCUUCUGAAGUUUCAGGGGAUGAAGCUGUCCUCGGAGGAGUUCAAUGCCAUCUUCGCCUUUUACGACAAGGAUGGGAGCGGCUUCAUUGAUGAGAACGAGCUGGACGCGCUUUUGAAAGACCUGUAUGAGAAGAAUAAGAAAGAGAUGAACAUCCAGCAGCUCACCAACUACAGGAAGAGCAUCAUGAAUCUCUCUGAUGGGGGCAAACUCUACCGCAAGGAGCUGGAGAUCGUGCUCUGCAAUGAGCCCCCCAUGUAGGACCCCCCCCAAACAACGCUCCUCCUCCCCAAAAAUGAGCACAAUGGGGGAGCACCCACCACUACAGUGCUGCGGGGGGACACAGGGGAGUGGUGGGCCCCCCAUUUUGGGGGCUCAGUGCCCACCUUCCCCCAGUGCCCCCCAGCAGCUCUUGGGUUGUUAAAGUCCCAAUUUGGGGGGAAAGGGUUGUUUUUUUUUUUAAAUCCAUCCGCCUGUUUGUUUUGUUUAGUUUGUUUGUUUGUUUGUGGUUUUGUUUGUUUGUUUUCCGGGGGUGGGGGUGUUUUCAUUUGUUUGAUUUCUUCUUAAGUUUUUCUCGUUUACCAAAGAAGAGUUUACAAAUAAAUUCAAGUACUGCUAGACCCGA